GCGUGCCCUCCCCGCCCUGCCGAGACCCGCGCUCACAGCUCACAGAACCGCUGCCUUCCAGGCCUCCCGCCUGCCCCGGCAACAGGUGGCCAUUCCUCCACACCUCCACAUCCUCCAGCACCGCGUCGGCCGUUCUGCGAGGAAUUUCCAUUUUAAACCACGGCGUGGAGGGAAGGUCUGGUCCCCUGGACUAGCGUGAAAGCUUCAGGAUGCUGGAGGAGGACAUGGAGGUGGCCAUCAAGCUGGUGGUGGUGGGGAACGGGGCCGUGGGAAAGUCGAGCAUGAUUCAGAGGUACUGCAAAGGCGUCUUCACAAAAGACUACAAGAAAACCAUCGGAGUGGACUUUUUGGAGCGACAGAUCCAAGUUAAUGAUGAAGAUGUCAGACUCAUGUUAUGGGAUACUGCAGGUCAAGAAGAAUUUGAUGCAAUAACAAAAGCCUACUAUCGAGGAGCCCAGGCCUGUGUGCUUGUCUUCUCCACUGUGGACAGGGAGUCUUUUGAAGCCGUUUCCAGCUGGAGAGAAAAAGUAGUAGCUGAAGUUGGAGACAUACCAACUGUGCUCGUACAAAAUAAGAUCGACCUCCUGGAUGAUUCUUGUAUAAAGAAGGAGGAAGCUGAGGCCCUGGCAAAGAGGUUGAAGUUGAGAUUCUACAGAACCUCUGUAAAAGAAGACCUAAAUGUGACAGAAGUUUUUAAAUAUUUGGCUGAGAAAUAUCUUCAAAAACUCAAACAAGUCCCCGAGGACCCAGAACUGAUACAUUCAAGUAGUAACAAAAUCGGUGUCUUUGGUACAUCUGGAGGAAGUCACUUGGGCCAGAAUUCCAGUACUCUUAAUGGCGGAGACAUCAUCAAUCUCAGACCUAACAAACAGAGGACCAAGAAAUCCCGAAAUCCCUUUAGUAGCUGUAGCAUGCUCUAAGAUGUUCUAGGAGGAGCAAGGAUGAAGUAUGUUGUGCAAUUCACUGAGAGACCUCUGCAGUCACUGCCAUAUUUCACAAGCAUCGUAGCAGCCUUUGCCCUCUGGCUCCCUGACGGCUCAGAGUUAAGCCCUGCUCUGCAGUGCUUCGGCAUGUUGGGUCCUGUGGUGGAAACGCUGCCCCGUGAGCUCAUUUCCAUAUUUCUACUUUAGACGAAGUUUCUCCUGUUUUUGAAAAAAAAAUGCUAUAAAGAUGUCAAAAACAGGUUGUGCUGAAUUUUAAUGCUGGAAAACAUGAAUGCCUAAUUAUAAGCAAUUUUAAGACAGUAAGCAUUUUUUCUGAAAUUAGUCAUCUUCCUUUUCUGGAAAAUAGUAUUUAACCUGAAUGCUUGGGAGAGGCCUGCCAGCUGGCGUUGGUGUUCUCGCGCAGCACUGGUGCAGCGGAGACUGGAGGAAGGCACGCUGCCAGCGGGGCCUCAACACACCGAACGCAUGCAGAGUGUAAGGAAAUCAGAUUCAGAUUCAUUCAUGAAAUCAUUUACUUGUGUCUUUUUGUUUUUAAAUGAGAAACUCUAGACAUACAUUUUACAAAAUGAGCUUGGACUUAAAAAAAGUGCUUUUGGCCAAAAAAAAAAAAUCAAUUCUUAAAGUGCUUUACUCUCAGAAUUUCUUCAAAAGCAGUUCUCUUCUCUGACAGGGCAGGCAGCCGCUGCAGCUUCUCCAUGGGCACUGGCUGCAGAACCUGUGUGCCGAGGUGCGGGCCGUGAGCUUGGGCCACCCACCAGCUCAGCCAGGUCCCAGCCGUCUCCUGGGAAGGAGGCCUAGGGCCGGGUACUGGGAGGCUCGCACGAUUUGCUGCUGGCAGAAUCCAGCCGGAGACUUUCAGAGUAUAGUAGCCAUUUUUGAAAGUUCACAAAAGAUGAACUUCAGUCCUAAUCCAAGUUGUGGACUUUAUAAUGCCUUGCAAUGCUAAAACACCCUUCUCUUCACACAUUUUUGUACACUAUUUUCUCAUUUAAGAAUUUCUACAGCCUUUGGUCUGUGUAGCAACUUCUCAGGAACUCUGCUGCCAUCCCAUGAUCGCCCAGGAUGGUCUCUGCGGCCCCACCAGAGCCACAGCAAGACCCUCUGUCCAGCUGACGAUGCGGCCAAGAUGGAGGGGCCGCACACAGUCGGCACAGCUGAUGUGGCUUGGGACAGCAGCCUUCCAAAGGCAACUGCGGAGGCUGGUACAGGUAGUUAGGUGUAGUGAAUCUUGUAAUGGAUACCUUCUCAUUUUUACAAGACUUCAAAAUAUGUAAAAACAUGUUUUCUUGGAAAAUGUCAAGAUGUCACUUUACAUUUUUGUACUAAAAUACAAGUGUUUUUGUAUUUUCCUUGUUUUAUCUUCUUAUUGCUGUAAGUCUCCUGUCUGUACCACCCUCACCUUCUUGCCCAGAGGGAGGUUGAGAACAGAGCAGCAUUCCCUGUUUGUCCUUGGUAUUGAGCACAGAUGGCUCCUUUGAGGUACCGCGAUGGUCCAGCACCUUGUUCCUGAGUAGCACACAGAUUUAUUUUGUCACAAGUUGUUCCCACUCCCAUUGCUGGUGGUGGGGAGGGAGGGGGAGGGCGGAGAGGAGAGGAACGACACACCUCCUGGUGAUGGGCCCCUGCUAGCGAGUCAUCUUUUCUACACCAUUGAAAUACAAUUGCUUUAAUGCCUGCACAAAGUGAAUUUUGUGGCAAAUAAUCUAACAGCCUUUAUUAGCAGGAAAGUCAUUUGUUAUGUAAUGUUGCUCUAUUUCAUAAUGAUUAAAUGUAUGUGAGUAAAAAUAUGUGCUACUUUUCUAUAAAAAUGUAAUCCCUGAUGAUGGUUGCAGUUCCCUUAAAAAUUGAAAUAUAAUUUUAUGUGCCUGGUUUUAUCUUUUUCUUUUUUUAAGAACUAUAGAGAUUUUUGUUACACAUUCGAACUUUUACUUUGCGAUAUUUCACACCGAACCAGUCAUUAAGUAGGUCUGAAAAUCAGUCACAAGUGAUGUUAGUUUCUCAAUUUAGUAAAUUCUAAAACCUUCAAAAUUCAAAUUAUUUUUUUCCUUUCUGAUCCUCAAGCUUUUAAAAUAACUUUAUAAUUUCUAAUGUAACUAUAGAUACUAAAGAAAAACUUUUCCAAAGAGCACAGAGCAUUGUGCAUUUGUGUCUGGUCUACUUGAUGCUAUCACUACUUUUUUUUUUUUUUAAGCAUAGCUAUAGCUAUGGAAUAAUUGCCACAUCUCAAAGUUCCUCGGGUUUUCUUUCUUUGUUCACUGCCCAUGAAUUAAAUAGUAUACAAAACAGCCCAUAAUAAAGCAAGACAGCUCAACAGACUCAGGCUAAAUGGUUUCCUUUAACUGCCCCAGUUGAGCACCUAUGUAGCACUUCAAAAUAAAGCCAAAAUGACCAAAAAGAGGGUGCACAACUGUGCGUUGUGGCCCAGAGGCAGGAGUCGGGGACUUGUGAGAUGAACCCCCAAGCCUGUGGCUGAGGACUGGGGUCUGCUCUGAAGAUCUUGAGCCUCAUGCCUCGCUCAAGUGGGCGGCACUGGGCCGCCGGGCACCCUCCCCCGAAACCCUGCGAGGCUGGGCCCGGGUGGAUGGCCACUGGGCCCAACUCACUGUCCCAUGUGCCUGCCAUACUUCAUAAAAGUCUUACCCGUAAAACUUGUAAACCUAGCGUACAUGUGAAUUUGCAAACAUAACCCCCCCUCCCGUGACCAAGAUUCACCUAUUUACUAGCUCACAUUCCUUUCUUCUCCCUUGAAGGGUCUAUGGUAGGAUAUUGGUAAACAGAAUCUUAAAAACAAAAACUGUGCAUUAAAUGAAAAACUGAACCCUAUCUAUAUUUUUUAUUACGAAUAAAUGUGUUUGUAAAACUGCA